AUGGAACUGCUGAGCACAGAUGAAAAUGCAACAGAUUCUGAAGAUGUGGAGGAUACCGACGAUGAUGAAGAUGACGAUGACGCUGAUGAGAAUGAUGAGGCAGAUAAGCAGGCUGGAAAGCCAUCGAAGAGUGAAACAGCUUUGGAGGCAGCCGAAAAAGAUGAUGACACAGCUUCAACGUUUAGCGUUUGGGGUGUAGUACGCACUGUAUGGAGUUGGAUAAAAGACGAUAUAAGUGAAAGCUUAUUUGGUGAUGAUGACGCUGAGACAACAGGUGCAACAAAGGCGCUGGUGCGGCAGAUACGUGACGUACCCGAAGCGGGAAAGGCAGCAGUAGAGAGUCGCACUUUCGGAAAAAUUCGCCGCCUACAAAUGGCUCUGAUUCCCCUCAUUUUCAAAUUUGGCAUCCUCACCGCUAUGGUCGCUUUCCUCAUAAUGCUCGGCAUGAAAACGCUAUUCCUGGUCAAGUUGCUUGUCCUAAUGAAUGCUGCUGCCAUAUUGGCGAAAUUUAUUACGCUGAAAUCUGACUUCGGUGGCCAUGGACACUCUGGGCCCUCAUGGAAUUAUCAAAGUUGGACGCCACCAGUAACUGGUGGUUGGGCCGCCUCAGCGCCAGCUGCCUCUUAUUCGCAUGGACACGAACAUCAGCCAACGAAAGAAAUACAUCUACACAUACAUGGCGGUCAAGUGCAUGGCUAUGAUGGAGCCAGCAGCAGCCAAGGAGUUGUGAGUGGUGGACACGGCUGGACCAGUAGAAGUGAUCCCUAUAAUACGUAUGCGUCUACACAAGACUCUGAAUCGGAAAAUGAACUUAGCAAUAAGGGUCCAAUUGCCAUGUUACCAACUAGAUAUCCAGCAAUUAAUCCUUACUAGUUGAUUGGAGUGGAACGCGACCAUAUACAUACAUAUAAGACAAUAGUCAAUGAG